AGGAGACCGACUCAGGUGUCGGUUCGUGGACCGCGGAGGCUGCUCGGAACUGCCAGUGAUCUUUAUUUCUCGGACACCGGCGCUGCCACUCUGCUCUUCUCUUCCUUCUUCUCUCCUCGUCUCCCUUCAUCUCCCCUCAUCUCUCCCUGCCUGUAUCCCCCCUUCUCACGAGCCAAUUGACUAUCGCCAUCGUCAAUAUCAUCUGCAGUGACGCAGAUCUGCUCCUGGCGCGGCACAGCAUAGCACAACCCAAUCCAACCAGAGAUCACGAUCGUUCUCUUCGCUUCUCUUCUAUCCUCCUCCUCCUCCCUCUUCCCUCUACACCCAAUCUCUCCUUACCACUCGCCAAUACCCCUCCAUUAAAGAUGGCGGCACUCAGCGUGGGAGGGGCUCUCCGCCCUCUUUCUUCUGCUACCAAGCGGAUAGCUGUGUCUUCGACUGCUCGACCCACGGCCGCUCCGGUACUGGCGAGACAAGCAGCAGCUUCAAGCAUCAGAAUGGCCUCUUCCUUCUAUAAAGGCGAGCCAGAGGGUCCGGUCCUGAAGACCGAGAUACCUGGUCCCAAGUCGAAGGAGGUGAUCGCCAAGCUGGACAAGGUCUUCGACACUCGAAGCUUGAACAUGCUUACCGACUACACACAGAGCACGGGCAACUACAUCGUAGACCCAGACGGAAACAAACUGCUUGAUGUAUAUGCGCAAAUUGCUUCCAUACCGAUUGGAUACAACAAUCCCGCUUUGAAGAAGGUUGCUGAAAGUCCUGAGAUGGUCUCUUCCAUCAUUAACCGACCAGCACUCGGCAACUUCCCUUCCCACGACUGGGCUGAAAUCCUAGAGACCGGCAUACUGAAGGUGGCUCCUCCCGGAUUGAACCAAGUUUUCACGGCCAUGGCUGGUUCGGAUGCGAAUGAGACGGCGUACAAAGCAGCCUUCAUGUGGCGACGCCAAAAGGAGCGAGGCGGUCCCGCCAUCGAGUUUACCGAAGAGGAGCUCGAAUCUUCCAUGAACAACCAGAGUCCCGGCGCAUCGCAACUUUCUAUCCUAUCCUUCAAGACUGCCUUCCAUGGUCGUCUAUUUGGCUCCCUGUCGACAACCCGAUCCAAGCCUAUUCACAAGAUGGAUAUCCCUGCCUUCGACUGGCCACAAGCCACCUUCCCUCAACUCAAGUAUCCCUUAGAAGAGCAUGUUGAGGAGAAUGCUAAAGCUGAGGCCGAGUCUCUUGCUGAGGUCGAGCAUCUCAUCAAGAACUACCAUGUGCCCCCAUGCGCUGUGGUGGUAGAGCCAAUCCAGUCCGAAGGCGGUGAUAACCACGCCUCGCCCGACUUCUUCCGGAAGUUGCGGGAGAUCACCAAAAAGCACGACAUUCUGCUGAUCGUCGACGAAGUGCAGACGGGUGUCGGUGCCACGGGUAAAUUCUGGGCCCAUGAGCACUGGGACCUUCCCACACCCCCAGACAUGGUGACGUUCAGCAAGAAGGCGCAAACAGCUGGUUAUUACUUUGGCGACCCGAGCCUGCGGCCCAACAAGCCAUACCGUCAAUUCAACACGUGGAUGGGCGACCCAGCCCGCGCUCUGCUUUUCCGCGGAAUCAUUGACGAGAUCCAGCGUCUAAACCUCGUGGAGCACACCGCCAAGGUCGGCGACUACCUGUUCAGCAAGCUGGAGGCUCUCGCGAGUAAAUAUCCCGGCCAGAUUCAAAACCUCCGUGGAAAGGGUCAGGGUACCUUCAUCGCCUUCGACAACCCGAAGCGCGAUGAGUUCCUCAAGAAGGCCAAGGCACACGGCAUCAACAUCGGCGGAAGCGGUGCCAGCGCCGUGCGCCUGCGACCUAUGCUCAUCUUCGAGCAGCAGCAUGCAGAUAUUCUUCUCGCAGCCAUUGAGAAGAUCAUCUCAAGCUAGAUAUGAAGAAAAUAUGAGAGGCAGAUAGAUACUCAGUUUCUGUCAUUUACGCAGGGAUUUGCUGGAAAUUUUCACGUAGACUUAUCGAAGGGGAUGGAUUUUGGCCCCUACUAUUGAUUUAGGCGGCAGACAUUUUAGAGAGAGAGGGAUGGAUGGAUGGAGGGGAGAAGGGAUGCGGGGGAUGGGAGAAAGGCAUUUUUAUUUUUAUACCUGCGACAUUACGGAAGCAUACAAAGCGGCGGUAUGUAUGAUACUUGGGAAACACGGGAAUAAAUAGCGGAGGCAACUUGAAGCGGAUGGGAUAUUAUAAUCGGAUCAUAAACACAAGGUAGUUUUUACUAGGGUUGGUUGGUUGGUAGGUAAGGUACCCGCACCGCUAGGCAAGGGGCGCAUUUGCCAAAUGGGGAAAUUGAUAUAUCAUCAAUCAUCGAUCACAAAUAAAUCAUCACCAACACUCUUUUCCGUGGGUUGCAU